CGGAUUUGCAUCUUGUCUCGUUUCACCUUCUUCGGCUCUACAACUGUUUCCGGUAGCGUUCAGAUGCUCGGUAGCCUGUUAGCCUCGUUAGCAGCUCUAAAGUGGUUCCCGGUGGUGAUCAGAGUGCCGAGCAUCUAGAGGGAUAUUACCUUAAAGGUUUCUGAGCAGCUGUCAACCAUCAACCAUCCUGGCGGUUCACCUGCCUGCUGCCCAAAACAUCAGUGGUCCAAGGUCAAGUGGCUCCAUCCACGGACAAUGUGAAAAAUACACCACUUUAAAUGGGGAUGCGAGAUCGACUGUAGAGGAUAUCUGAUUUGUCUUCAGGGAAAACAAUUUGAACAGUUUGUAUCCUAAAGGGGUGCAACAAUGAAUGAGGAACCAGUUGAGACCCCGGUCCCUGACAUGGUCCCUGACAGAGAGCCUGUGAAAACGGAUGUGGGACAAACCACAGAGGGACAAACCACAGAGAAGAACAGCAGUGAACCAGAAAAAACCUCUGAGGCACCACCAGCACCGGCACCAGUACAGGAGCCUCUGGCACGUGUGGCACCGGCACAGAAGCCUCUGGCGCUUGUGGCACCAGCAAAGGAGCCUCUGGCGCUGUUGGCACCAGUAAAGGAACCUCUGGCACUUGUGGCACCAGCACAGAAGCCUCUGGCGCUGUUGGCACCAGCAAAGGGGCCUCUGGCACUUGUGGCACCCGUGGCAACAAAGGAAACCCCCAGCUCAGAUCCUGUAAAGGAACCUCCAGGAGAAGUAAAAGAUGAUGCUAAGGCUCCUGGCGGUGAGCCUCCUGUUGACUGGUUUGAGCCGCUUGAGGAUGAUGAUUAUGAUGAUGAUGAGAGCCUGGCGGGAGAAAGUGAAAGGAGUGAGAGCGUGGCGGGCAGCGAGAGGAUGCUCAAAAAGAUUUAUCAGUUUCAGCUUCCCCGCCGCAAACGAUCACAUCCUGAUGAAGGAUGGGAAGACUGGCCAAUACUCGGAGAGGGUUGGAAACGCAAAGAGGUUGUGCGGCGCUCAGGUUCAAGCAUAGGACAGAAGGAUGUAUAUUACAUGAGUCCGCGUGGCGAUCGAGUGAGAAGCCGAGUAGAACUGACUUCAGUGCUGGAGGGACAUCUUGACUUGUCAACCUUUGAAUACAAGUCAGGAAAGUUCCUCGAAGGUGAAGUACCACACAUAAGAGUUCGAAACAGAGCGAAGAGAAAAGUCCGGGAGCGUUCUUCAUCAGAGUCCAGCUUCAUGGAGAGAGGAGAGGGGGCCGACACGCCGGACUCCCACCACGUGCUCCCCCCCGUCAGUCUGGCGCCCAAAAGCUUCCACUCCAACCAGACCAGUUUCUCCUUGCACAGCACAGUAGGAACUCCAACCCAAGGCUAUCGCAAUGAGGAUCCAGUGGAAGAUAAAAUUAAACUUCCCCUUCCGUCAUCAUCAUCCAAAGCGCUUCUGCUACCCUCCAUAAAUGGAGAUGUUGGGUCGGAGGACAACACACUGGUCUGUUCCAGAUGUGGUAUUUCCUUCACAGGCACAUGGUACGACAAACAGAGGAAGAGGCCCUGCUGUCCCAAUUGUUGGGCUGCCUCAAAGACAAAAGAGCAUCCGAUGGUUCGUUUCAGAAAGAAAGAGACGUUUACAUCUACAUAUGGAGCGGGUCCUCUUCACGGAACCGGCCACCAUGUUUCUACAGUAGCCCAGAACGGACAAACCACUGUGUUAACAUUUCCUGCUUGGGUCGGAGUCGAUAACGUUACUCGCUCCGGAGUUAUCCCCCAUCUCUCCACUGAGCCGCUGUGGAUUCCUUGUGGACAGUGUGUGGGAUGCCACAACACAUUGAACUGUGGGCAGUGUGCCAACUGCAAGCAUGGAUUACAGAGCCCAGAAACCCGCAAACGUUUGUGCCGGAAACGCAAAUGUAUAUGUCCAAUACGCAAGGGCCCCGGAGGUGGAGGCUUCCUGCCACCACAGAUGCCUUAUAUUGACGUUCCCGAACCGUUUGAUGACAGCAUGAGUUUCCAGAGUGAAGUUGCAGAAUCACAGCUCCCGAGUCUCAAAAGCAGCGACACAGAGAACUUCUCCGUCAACGUGGACCUUGAUGAUGACGAUGACAUGUCAACUGACGAUGAUGAUGAUUGGCAUAAGAAGCGGAAGCGGCGAUCCUGUGGAGAUUGUAAAGCCUGCCUCUGCAGGAAAGACUGCGGCACAUGUGAUUUCUGUGUAGACAAACCCAAGUUUGGAGGCAGCAACAAGAAGAGGCAGAAGUGUCGACUACGUCAGUGUCAGAGGCAGGCGAUGAGACACUUGCUGCCUUACCAGAUGGGACAAAGUGACCACGGGCCAGAUGGCCAACUGUUGCCGGGCAGGCCAAGACCUCACUACACAUACAGUCGAAAGUCGGGUUUAAAGAAAAACAAAGGACCACAAUCGAGCUUUGACUUCGACGACAAUGACGACGACGACAGCAACUUACAAGCAAUGAACUGGAUCCCCGAUCAUGCCAGUGGUAGCAAAUACACAUACGAACUGGAUGUGAAAAACGUCCCACCGUCUACGCAGUUGAAUCCUUUGGAUUUCGGACUGCAGAAUGGACUUCCUGACAGAGUACCUACUCAAAUCAACAACCACAACAACUCUCAACUAGAGCAGCUGAGCAGAUGGGAAGCAGAGAAAUCACACGCAACCAGAGAGAUUCAAAAGCUUGUUGAAGACGUAGAAGAAGAUGAUGAUGAUGAUGAGGAGGACGAAGAAGAAGAGGAGUUGCCCAUGAUCACACAGAUCUUCAGUUUGGCUGAUAACGCGUCUGGGAGUGGUGCGGACAUAGAAAACCAGCUGCUGAAACUGCUACAUUCUUUACGCUCCCAUGUAAUGCCGAUCCUGUGGUACGCCAUCAUGGUGGAGGGCCCGCAGCUGCAGCUCAUCCAGUGCUCCAAACAGUCCAACCUGACCGACACUAUGGUGCUGAUCGACCCGGGCUUCUGCUACCAGGUCACCGUCCAGAAGCAGCCGCUGCUGCCCACCCACCCGCUGUACGACAGGUACCCGGCGCGGUUAUCCUCCGUCUCCGAAGUGGUCGCUCUGCUUCUGGGCCUGGAGGAGUACGUCGUGUGCCAGGGUCUGCCCCCCAAAGAGCCAUUAUCUAACACAGAACCAAUCAUACUGGAGCGGGCGUCUACGUGUGAUUUCUUGGUCAAGAGGAAGGUGAGCACCUGUUCUGACUGCAGAGCGCUGCAAGGACUUUAACUCGAGCAGAGACAGAAGAAGAUCGCCGAUUCUCUGGUGCAACUUUGUGCUAUUUUCUUCUUUUUUUUGUUUCUGUUUUUCUUUUGGUGAUAAUAUAUAUAUGACAUUUUACAGAUUUACCUCCGGACUGUAACAGUAUGAUUUUGACUAUUUGAAGAAUCACCAAAGGCAUUCCAGGAGCUGUGACGUUAAAACCCAGCCGUGUUUCUUUUCAGAUGUCCUCUGUUAUGUUGGUGUAGGGCUUUUUCUUCAUGACUGUUAUGUCAGAUUUUGGGCAGCGUGACGGGUCGAACUGGAAUUCAUUAACCCGCUGUGUGCUUAGUGUCCUGUUCGUUGGUUCACACUCUUACUUGAGGAGUCGAUAACCCUCACACCCUCCCUACCACCACCACCGUUAUUACACUUUUGAGUAGUCAUUUAACCCAAAAUUGUGUCUCUCUCAGCCCAAAAAUGAAGCUGAAAUUCAUAGCAAUUAAGCCUUUCAUCUUUUCACCAGCAACAUCGGACACCCCCUCAAUAAUGUAGUCAGGUACCAUAUCUAAUGGAGUUAACCAGCAGCCAAAAUAAUUAAUGUUUACAUCUUGUCCACCUCUUUCAUGGGAUAAUGUACGGCAAACCGGUCAUUGUUGUGAAAUAAACCCAGACGGUGAUGCAGCACCCCGACGCAAAGCAAUAACCCGCUAGCUGUACAUUAUCCAGCUUAUUACACGGCUAUUUACUUAAGAAAUCAAUCAUUUCGGACAAAGAGUCCGACAUCAGAACUUCGCCCAUGGCAACAGUCUGUUAUACAUAGCAACGGUCUGUUAUAAAGAAAUAACAGACCGUAGAACGGCGUGAUUGACCAAUCAGAAUCAAGUAUUCAACAGAGCCGUGUAAUAAUCAAUAGUACAUUUUAUUGUGAUCACUACAUCAGUUGCACUUGCUUUGUUAAUGUUGAUGUUUUGUUUUUGUUA